AUGGCAAGAUGGUGCUUUGAAUUCGGCAUCGACCUGAGGCGUGUCGAGGUCGUUCAAGACGUUGAGAGCGACAUCGUGGAGGCCGUCACCCGAAUGAGCAACCGCUAUGACUUUAUCAUCACCAGGUGGGACAUUUCACCACCCAGAACUGAAAUACCAACCCAUGUUCUCCUGCUAACCAUUACAAACCCCAUCACCAGUGGUGGCAUUGGCCCGACGCACGACGACAUCACUUACCCGUCCAUCGCCAAGGCCUUCGGGCUCCCCCUCAAGCUCCACCAAGAAGCCUACGAAAAGAUGAAGAAGCUCUCAAAGCCGCAGCCGAACGAAGGCGACUUUGACUGGAACGUUGAUUCGACCGCCCUCAGGGCAAAGCUGCGCAUGGUUGAACUCCCGACGGACGAGUCCCGCGACCUGAGCGAGCAGUUCAUCUUCCCGAAAGACGACAUGUGGGUUCCCGUUGUGGUUGUCAACCGAAACGUGCAUAUCCUACCGGGAGUGCCGUCGCUCUUCCAAAAGCUGCUUGAUGGACUGACGCCCCACGUCCUCCCCAGACUGGAUGGCAAAGGAAUGCGCCGAAUCUUGAUUUCCACACCUCUCAACGAGAGCUCCAUAGCAGAUUACCUCACCCAGCUGGCCGUCAGAGUCGAACCCCGCGGCGUCAAAGUAGGCAGCUACCCCCGAUGGGGCCUGAAACAAAACACAAUUACGUUGACUGGAAGGGAUGAGGACUAUAUGGAAAGUCUUGUGGCGGAAGUAGAGAAGGCAGUCGAGGGCAAGCGUGUCUCAAGAGAAGACGAGCUCGACAAGUCAGAGAAGAAGCUCUAG